AUGUAUACUAACAAGUUACUUUUGGGACCGGUCAACAUGAAAUGGCCAAAAGAAAAAACUAACAAAAAUCAUGUACCAAUUAUACAAUUAUCCCAAUUUCAAAUCAUUAUAUAGUACCAUACAAUACAGAAACCAAACAAUUAAUGGCUUCUUUUGCAAAUUCCAUUCAUCAUCUUCGUCUUCUACUUACCGUGGUUGCUCUAAUUCAUACAGAAAAGCUUAUUUCAGCAAACGAAGAUAUUAUCGAGUGUGAAUGUCACAACACAGAAACUCCAGAAGUGUGUAUGGAGUGUCUAAAAUCGAACCCUACGGCCUCAGCUAGCAACGAGCUAGGGAUUGCUACUAUUAUCACCAACUGUGUAAGUAACCAUUCAAAACACUUGGCAACCAAAAUGUCAGUUCUAGUUCAUCGAGUUGGAGACGAGAAUUUAAAGUCUGUGUUUCAAGCUUGCAGCCAAGGGUAUUAUCUAGCUUGUGUGGAUCUAUCUAUGGUGGUUUCUAAGUUGAAGAGUGGGGAUUAUGAUAAGGCUGGGCAUUUUGUUCUCACAGCUCUCAGUUUUCAACUUACAUGCAUUACGAAUUUUCAGAUGAACCAAACAUGGCAUCUUCCAGAAAGUAUUGCUUAUGAAAUGAAAGUUUAUGAAGAUCUUUCUGAGGCUGCUAUGAGAAUCAUUGACAGGCUCUAGCUAAUUGUUUUUAAGUUAAAUAUGUUAGUGUAUCAAGAGAGAGAGAGAGAGAGAGAGAGAGAAAUAUAAUCUAAGCUUUUUAUUUUCUUUAUUUUAUGACAG